GGUUGUUUACCUAAAAGCAAGGCUGAUGUGGCUUCAGCAGAUCUCGGGUAUCCAUUGUCGAGUGCAAGGAGCGAGUGGGUGCUUCUAGCUAGCACUGCUCAUGGGCAAAUUCAUCAUCGUCUAGAAUCCUAUUUGUAAAGGAUCCACCUUUAAGCCUAAUAUGCCAACGCUAUCUUCACCGGUUCCUCACUUCGAUCGUAGAAAGCUCGCAGUGUUGGUCCCAGUCGUUAUGUUUCUCUGUAUUGUCUUCCUUUUCGGCGUUCCGUCGAGCUUGUGGAGCAACUUCGCAUAUGCCGAUCGCUCGGCUAAAGUUUACGGCUUUCAAAUAGUCAAUGAGUUUCCUCAUGAUUCCGCCGCCUUCACCGAGGGGCUUCUAUAUGCAGGAAAUGACACCCUUUUUGAGUCAACUGGGCUUUACGGGCGUUCAUCAAUCCGGAAAGUAGCUCUUCAAACCGGAAAGGUUGAGGAUGUUCAAAAAAUGAGUCGUUCAUAUUUUGGGGAGGGUUUAACUCUCCUUGGUGAAAGGUUGUUCCAAGUGACUUGGUUGAAGAAAAUCGGUUUCACAUAUGAAAGAAAUAAUUUGCACAAAUUCAAUGCAUUCACUCAUCAGAUGAAAGAUGGUUGGGGACUGGCAACUGAUGGAAAAAUCUUGUAUGGAAGUGAUGGGACUUCAACACUCUAUCAGAUUGACCCUGAAACAUUGAAAGUCAUAGGGAAACACAUUGUCAGAUACAAUGGUCAUGAUGUACGCUUCCUCAAUGAAUUGGAGUACAUAAACGGUGAAGUUUGGGCAAACAUUUGGCAGACUGAUUGCAUUGUUAGAGUCUCUCCUGGAGAUGGUUAUGUGCUGGGCUGGGUUCUCCUUCAGAAACUAAGUGAAGGACUAAUUGCUGCUGGUUACAAUGGUAUUGAUGUUUUGAAUGGCAUAGCAUGGGAUGAUGACAAGAAGCGCAUUUUUGUGACUGGAAAGCUAUGGCCGAAGCUUUAUGAAAUCAAGUUGCUUCCAAGAACCAAACCUCUUAAAGAUGGAGCCAUCGAGCAUCUUUGCUUACGAUAAAAUGCCAGACUUGCACCCAUGGUGUUUCACUUGUAACAUGUAUUAAGCAGAUGUGGAACGGAGUUACGGACCAUACCCCCCUUACUACUUAAAUUUUAUGUUCUUAGAGUUAUUGUUUUACUUUGGAUGGGAUUUAGCACUUAAGAAUCAUGUAAAUUAAACAGAAUUUAGGAUC